CGAGUGAUAGAUGGUUUUGAGGGUUGAUAGAUGGUUGUAGGAGUGAGUAGAUAGCUGGGGUGAGCUCGGGGAGGACGUCGUCGUACCUGGCGGGUGUGAGAUCAUUACAUACCUGUAAUGAUCUCACAAGACCACGCUAGGAGCGGGGCAGGUUGGGUCACGUGUGGUGGGGUAGAAUUAUUUGCUGGAUGGUUGACGUCGAUUGGGGAUGAAGUGCUACGCUCUAUCCGUUUGUCUCACAUAGCCAGCUCAUCUGUUUUGGUCAUAGUUGAUCCGUAUAGAUACCUUUUAACGGAAAGGAUAUUCCGUGAAACUCGGUCGCGCCUGGUGCUGCAGCAAUCCAGUCUAAAAUUUCGACCCCGCCAAAUACCUCCUACACCGGCCUCAGCUCUCAAAACACGCCUUAAACCUCCUCAACGCCAUGUCUUCCUCCUCCCACCCCCCAACCAAGCUCACAGUCCUCAUCUCCGGCUCCGGCACCAACCUCCAAGCCCUCAUCGACGCCACAACCAGCUCCCCACCGACCCUCCCAAACACAAUCAUCACCCACGUUAUCUCCAACAAAAAGAACGCCUACGGCCUCGACCGCGCCCGCUCCGCCGGCAUAAAGACAUCCUACCACAACCUCGUCGCCGGCCACUACCUCAAGAGCGGCGAAAAGGAUCCCGAAGCCAUCAAGGCCGGCCGCGAGAAGUAUGACGCCGAUCUCGCAGCGCUGAUCCUGAGCGACGGGCCGGACCUGAUCGUUUGCGCGGGCUGGAUGCACAUUCUAUCUCCCCCCUUCCUCGCGCCCCUGGAAAAGGAACACGUCCCGGUGAUAAACCUUCACCCCGCGCUCCCGGGCGCUUACGACGGCGCCAACGCGAUUAAACGCGCCUACGAUGAUUUCGUGGCUGGCAAGUCGAAGGGGCCGACGGGGGUGAUGGUGCAUUAUGUUGUUGCGGAGGUGGAUCGCGGACAGCCGAUAUUGGUGCGGGAGAUUGAGUUCCAGGAGGGCGAGACGCUCGAGGGGCUGGAGGAACGGAUUCAUAAGGUGGAGCAUGGGAUUAUUGUGGAGGGGACGAGGAAGGCUAGUGAAGAGUUGUGGGAGAGGAGGGAGAAGAAGGGAGGGAAAUAGAGAUUAUGUAUGUCUUUUGAGAUUCCAUGGUGUCUUCAGUGACCUUCCCUUCCUUCCUCCAUCGCAAUCCGCGGCGUACACUCCUAUUACGGCUCUUCCCUUUCAUGGUAUUCCCCCUCCAACAUUUCCUGGAGCCAGCGACUCUGCAUCAUCCAACGACCCCCUAGUAUCAGAUUGCUCCUCCGUUACAGUCCAUCCUAUGGCUCCGGGCUCACCUCAUCAAUCCGCACCAUCAUUUUCCGG